ACCUCUUCAGUCAGUCCGUGCGGAUCGCAGCUCAGUGCAGCUCCAUCUCGGAGAGCACCAGAGAGAAAGAAAGAGUAACGGGGGGGGCGAGCCAGAAAAGGAAGGAAAGCGGAAAAGAGAAGGGGCGAAAACAGCGAGAAACACACUGAACAAGACUGACCGCAUUUCGCCCCUUCCGUUUGCCUUUCAGCACAAAUCCCAGGCAUUGAUCGGCGCUUGGAUGAACCAAAACCUAUCUAUCUGUCAGUCUUACACCUGGAUCCACUGACCGGCGCGGAGCAGGCAUGUCCCGAAGAAAGCAGAGCAACCCAAGACAAAUCAAACGGCCGCUGGAUGACGGCCUCGAGGAUGAAGAGGAGGAAUGUGUGUCGGAGGGGAACGAGCUGGUGGCGAAGGACGAGUUCUCCACAGAGGAGAACUUCUCCGGCGACUUCGAACCCGAGAACCUGAACUGUGAAGACAUGGAGUUCUUCUGCAGCAAAGGCGAAGAGGAUGUCAGUAGGGAGGCUGGAGAGUCCGACGGUGAUGGACAAAAUGAUAAAGCCCGACAGCCUCCUCUCGGACCUGAGGACUGGGACGGACCAAGAGAACUGGACGUCUUCCAGAAAGACGGAGAACGUCGGAUUCACAGCCGGCAGCAGCUCUCUGUGGGCACCACGUGGGGGCCGUUCGAGGGGAAGAUCGAGAUGAGCGCCGACGGCGGUAGCACGAAGACCAAGUGCUCCGUCCCAGUGCUGCUGAGUUCCGGCCCCCGGUGGCUUCUGGAUGUGACUUGGCAAGGGGCAGAGGACAACAAGAACAACUGCGUUGUGUACAGCAAAGGGGGACAGCUGUGGUGCACCACCACCAGGAACAUAGCGGAGGGCGAGGAGCUGGUGGCGUUCGCCGUGGACUUCGACUCGCGCCUGCAGGCGUUCGGCCACAUGUCGCUGUCGGAGGGGAUGUACCCGGCGCGGCUGCUCGACAGCAUCCAGCUGCUCCCCCAGCAAGCCGCCAUGGCCUCCAUCCUGCCCACCGCCAUCGUCAACAAGGACAUCUUCCCCUGCAAGGCGUGUGGCAUCUGGUUCCGGAGCGAACGAAACCUGCAGGCUCACCUGAUGUACUACUGCAGCGGGAGGCAGCGGGAGCCCGAGCCGGCCGCAGACGAGAGCGAGGCCAGCCCCCACCAGAGCCCCAGCGCCUGCCCCUUCCCACAGUGCAACAAGAGCUUCUCUGGCCCCCGGGCCCUGGAGAUGCACCUGGCGACGCACAACAGUGUCAAGGUAGAAGAGACCCUCCCCCCUGGCAGCAGCUUGAAAUGCACCAUCUGUAGCUACACGGCCGACUCUCUCAUCACAUUCCAGCACCACAUCCUCUCCCACCUGUCACAGGCGGCCUUCCGGUGCAGCCACUGCCACGUGGGCUUCCAGAGUCACCGGGAACUCUCACAGCACCAAGACUUGCACGGGCAUGGCGGCAAGCUUCGGCGCGAGAGCGACAGCGAGCACUCCCCCAGGGCCGGCGAGGACGGCCCACAGCAGGCCAGGGCCGAGCUGCUUGGCAGGAAGGACCUUCUGCAGAGCCCCAAGGGCACCCAGGGUAAGGAGAUCCACUCCGACGCCGAGCCGGAGAAGCCGGAGAAGAAGACGGCAUCAUCAACCCAGAAGGGCGACUCCCACCUGGGCAGCAAGGCCAGCUUUUCCUACACCAGGAUCAAGUCGGAGCCCUCCAGCCCCCGUCUUGCUUCCUCGCCAGUCCAGCAUAGCAUGGGGCCUACAUUUCCCAUGGGCCCCUUCCUAUCCCAGUUUCCCUUUUCCCAGGACAUUUCUGUAGUUCCCCAAGCCUCCGAGAUCCUGGCGAAGAUGUCAGAGUUGGUGCACCGCCGGCUGAGGCACGGUGGGAACAGUUACCCACCAGUGAUCUACAGCCCACUGAUGCCAAAGGGCGCCACCUGCUUCGAGUGCAACAUCACAUUCAACAACCUGGACAACUACCUGGUCCACAAGAAACACUACUGCAACAGCCGCUGGCAGCACGUGGCCAAGUCGCCGGACUUUGCUGGUGUGACCGACAAGGCAGCGGAGGCCACGAGCCCGAAUGCAGGGCAUGGAUCUGUUGGGAUGCUGGCGCCAUGCCUCCCGGGGGAUGCGGACAGCCACCUGGUGCCAUCGGCCUGCCUGAACUCCUCCGUCUUGGACAUGAUGGCCGCAGGAGGCAAGGCACCUGACAAGGACCUCGGAGGGCAGGACAAAAACACUGCCACACCCGCUGGUGCAGAAGAGAGGCUAAACGGCAAGCAGGUGGAUGGAAAGAGUCCUAACGCUUCCCUGGUGGAGAAUGACAACGACCCCAACAAGACGACCUGUGAGGCGUGCAACAUCACCUUCAGCCGACAUGAGACCUUCAUGGUCCACAAGCAGUAUUACUGUGCCACACGUCACGACCCGCCUGUGAAGCGCAUGUCGACCAACAAGGUGCCUGCCAUGCAGCGGACGAUGCGGACACGCAAGCGCAGGAAGAUGUACGAGAUGUGCCUCCCCGAUCAAGAGCAGAGGCCCCCGCUGGGCCAGCCGGGUUUCCUGGGGAUGCCCACCCUAGGCAGCCCCUGCACCUCCCAGGAAGCGGUGGAGACGCUGGCCGACCGUUUCCACCCAAGGUGCGACAUGUUCCCAGGAUUGGUCCCGAAACACUUGGAAGCUUCGCUAACGGUCUCCAAGUCGAUCUUGGGCCCCAAAUGCAACACAAUGGACCCGCAAGAGAUUGACGCCCCAAUCGACCUCAGCAAAAAGUGCUCGCCACACGCCGACAAGCCGUGCGGCUCACCUCGGCGGCUCCUCGAUUACCACGAGUGCACCGUAUGCAAGAUAAGCUUCAAUAAAGUGGAGAACUACCUGGCACAUAAACAGAACUUCUGCCCCGUGACCGCAGCCCAGCAUGGUGACAUCAGGGCCCUGGACCAGGCCAUGUUCCCCGACGUCAAAACCGAAGGCAAUAACCCCGACGACAUCUUCGACAAGAGUCAGACGAAAUGCGACAAAAACGGCAGCGCCAAGUUGAUGGCGCAGAACGGCGGCAUGUUCUCCUCCCAUCUAGGUUCCCUGCCAGGGCUCAAGGCCUUCAGCGAGGCCCAGCUCAUGCCGGCCAAGGAGGAGAACAAGAAUCUCUUUCUGCCCCAUUGCCUUUAUCCCGGAGCAAUAAAGAAGGUAAAGGGUGGUGAACAGAUAUCCCCAUAUUAUGGGAUAAAGCCCACCGAUUAUAUCGGAGGAGGCCUCAUCGUGCAGGGAGAGGCAAGUGAGCUGGAACAGGGCACAAACGGAGGUUCCGAGCCAGGGAAGGUCCAGCCGGCACCAAAUGGCUGCCCCCAUCCUGGCAAAGACUCUUUACCCUUACUGCCCAAAAACCGGGGCAUGGUGAUAGUUAAUGGCGGGCACAAACCAGAGGAGAGGUCCACGGCCGGGCCCCCGCAACAGGAGAACCAUGCCCACUCGCAGCCUCCGGACGGUCACCCCUCGCCCACGUGGGGGUCGGAGAACCCGGCCGACUCCAACGAGAAUGUGUCGCCGUCGACCAAGUCGCCAACGGAGGAGACUGCGCCCCCCAUCACAAAAGGUGUCAACGGCUCAACACAGGCAACCGGCGGCGGGAAAUACUGCCGCCUCUGUGACAUCCAGUUCAACAACCUGUCAAACUUUAUAACCCACAAGAAGUUCUACUGCUCGUCGCACGCGGCCGAGCAUGUGAAGUGAUGCCCCCUCCCCCCCGCCUCCCCCACCCCCUCGGUACGCCAGUGCGUCUGGAAUCGUGCGUCGCGCAGCCCUUAUGCGCUGCUUGUGGACAAUCAAGAGAAGCAUCUUCUUUUCGUCAUUUUAAGACUCGAACGCAGAUCAUUGGUUUUAAAAAAGGAGAAAAAAAAAAAAAA